CUUGACGCCCGCCCUGUAAGUGCGCCCUUCAUGUGACGGCAUGAUGCUUCGAGUUGCAAGUAACUCUCUUCAAUCACUCCUCUCUAUGUAUAUAGGUAUAUAGUGCUUCAAUCUCGUGAUAGAUGUAGCUCAUCCACCGCGCAUCGUUCUUCUUCAAAAUGGCCACAAACACAGUCGCAGAGUCCGUCAGGACGUCGAGCAUGGAUCCUUCACGCCAAGGCGACACCAUCGAAUUGACGUCUUUGAGCCAGAAUCCCCUCAACACCACGGAAGACAGCAUUCAAAACGAGGAAGAACCUCCGGAGCAUGCAAUGAGUGCAAUUCCUGACGGUGGAUAUGGCUGGACAAUUGUGGCAUCGUGCUUCAUUCUUCUCUUUUGGAUAAAUGGAUACACCACAGCAUGGGGAGUCUUGCAAGCCGCCAUUGUUCAAUCACCUCGACUUCACACUAAUAUCCGAACCAUCACUUUCGUUGGAAGUUUAUACAUGGCCUGCAUGGUCGCGUUUGGUCUAAUCUCGGUCAGGCUGUCAAGAGAAUUUGGAAUACGGAUCACCAGUCUCGUAGCGACAAUCUUCUUUGGAUCAGGGUUGAUCAUCACGAGUUUCACCCUCGAGCAUCUCGCAGGACUCUUCUGCAUCGCCGGUUUACUCGUCGGGUUAUCAACAUCGCUGCUCUACACGGCGACAAACACAAUGCCUACUCAAUGGUUUAGUCGGAAACUCGGUACAGCCAAUGGAAUCGUCAAAGCUGGAGGCGGUGUUGGUGCAACUGUUCUUCCUCUGGCAACGCAAGAGAUGAUCGAUAAGGUUGGACUUCAGUGGACAUUUCGAAUUCUCGGUGCUUCGAUACUUGUCACUGGAAUACCUUGUGCAUUUCUCCUCAAAGAACUUACACGUGGUGGAACAACAUCGAGAUUUGACUGGUCACAGUUGAAGAGCAUGCCUUUUCUGACACUCACCAUGUCAGGCGCUGUCGGGGUAUUUGCUCUGUUUGUGCCUCCAUUCUUCUUACCCGUAUUCGCAAGGUCAAUCGGUCUCUCAGCAUCAACAGGCGCUGGUCUUGUCGCUGGCUUCGGUGCAUCCACAGCUGUUGGUCGACUUUUCGGUGGCUGGAUCUGCGAUCGCAUCGGGGCCUUCAACUCUCUCGCCCUUGCAGCUCUCAUCAACAGUGUGUCCAUGCUCGCAAUCUGGCCCGUCAGUUCAUCCCUCCCGCCACUCUUCGCCUUCGCCAUCAUCAACGGAUGUGCGAAUGGGAGUUUCUUCGUUGCACUGCCUACAGCUGUAGCUGCGCUUGCGCCUGGAUCGGCUGCUGCGUCUAUCAGUCUGAUGACGUCGUUUUGGACACCUGGAUAUCUAAUGGGCGCGCCUUUGGCGGGGAUUCUGAUUGAUGCUGCGGGGGCUUCCGAGGCUUCGUCGAUUGAACCGUAUAGAGCGGCUAUCUUUUACGCGGCGGGUGUUGGGUCGGCUGCAACAUUUUUGAUUGCUGUUUCGAGACUUAUGUUGAGUAAAAAGUUGAUCAAGAGGUUGUAGUUGCUAGAAGGUCCGAAUGAUAAUUGAUGGUUGUUGAAUGAGACCAUUCGAAGUGGUAUGCGAUUA